AUGCUUCUAUCCUCCUCCUACAUGCUUCUAUCCUCCUCCCACAUGCUUCUAUCCUCCUCCCACAUGCUUCUAUCCUCCUCCCACAUGCUUCUAUCCUCCUCCUACAUGCUUCUAUCCUCCUCCCACAUGCUUCUAUCCUCCUCCUACAUGCUUCUAUCCUCCUCCCACAUGCUUCUAUCCUCCUCCCACAUGCUUCUAUCCUCCUCCCACAUGCUUCUAUCCUCCUCCCACAUGCUUCUAUCCUCCUCCCACAUGCUUCUAUCCUCCUCCCACAUGCUUCUAUCCUCCUCCCACAUGCUUCUAUCCUCCUCCCACAUGCUUCUAUCCUCCUCCCACAUGCUUCUAUCCUCCUCCCACAUGCUUCUAUCCUCCUCCCACAUGCUUCUAUCCUCCUCCUACAUGCUUCUAUCCUCCUCCCACAUGCUUCUAUCCUCCUCCUACAUGCUUCUAUCCUCCUCCUACAUGCUUCUAUCCUCCUCCUACAUGCUUCUAUCCUCCUCCCACAUGCUUCUAUCCUCCUCCUACAUGCUUCUAUCCUCCUCCCACAUGCUUCUAUCCUCCUCCCACAUGCUUCUAUCCUCCUCCUACAUGCUUCUAUCCUCCUCCUACAUGCUUCUAUCCUCCUCCCACAUGCUUCUAUCCUCCUCCCACAUGCUUCUAUCCUCCUCCCACAUGCUUCUAUCCUCCUCCCACAUGCUUCUAUCCUCCUCCUACAUGCUUCUAUCCUUCCCCCUUCCUCCUCCCACAUGCUUCUAUCCUCCUCCCACAUGCUUCUAUCCUCCUCCCACAUGCUUCUAUCCUCCUCCUACAUGCUUCUGUCCUCCUCCUACAUGCUUCUAUCCUCCUCCUACAUGCUUCUAUCCUCCUCCCACAUGCUUCUAUCCUCCUCCCACAUGCUUCUAUCCUCCUCCUACAUGCUUCUCUCCUCCUCCUACAUGCUUCUCUCCUCCUCCCACAUGCUUCUAUCCUCCUCCCACAUGCUUCUAUCCUCCUCCCACAUGCUUCUAUCCUCCUCCUACAUGCUUCUAUCCUCCUCCCACAUGCUUCUAUCCUCCUCCUACAUGCUUCUAUCCUCCUCCCACAUGCUUCUAUCCUCCUCCAAAAUGCUUCUAUCCUCCUCCUACAUGCUUCUAUCCUCCUCCCACAUGCUUCUAUCCUCCUCCUACAUGCUUCUAUCCUCCUCCCACAUGCUUCUAUCCUCCUCCUACAUGCUUCUAUCCUCCUCCCACAUGCUUCUAUCCUCCUCCCACAUGCUUCUAUCCUCCUCCUACAUGCUUCUAUCCUCCUCCCACAUGCUUCUAUCCUCCUCCCACAUGCUUCUAUCCUCCUCCCACAUGCUUCUAUCCUCCUCCUACAUGCUUCUAUCCUCCUCCUACAUGCUUCUAUCCUCCUCCUACAUGCUUCUAUCCUCCUCCUACAUGCUUCUAUCCUCCUCCUACAUGCUUCUAUCCUCCUCCUACAUGCUUCUAUCCUCCUCCCACAUGCUUCUAUCCUCCUCCUACAUGCUUCUAUCCUCCUCCUACAUGCUUCUAUCCUCCUCCUACAUGCUUCUAUCCUCCUCCCACAUGCUUCUAUCCUCCUCCCACAUGCUUCUAUCCUCCUCCUACAUGCUUCUAUCCUCCUCCUACAUGCUUCUAUCCUCCUCCCACAUGCUUCUAUCCUCCUCCCACAUGCUUCUAUCCUCCUCCUACAAGCUUCUAUCCUCCUCCUACAUGCUUCUAUCCUCCUCACGUAACACACUUUCUGUUAUUACCAGUAAAUAACGCACUUACUGUUAUUACCAACCAUACGGGUAAGUAA